AUGUUCUGCAUAAGAUUAAUAUCGCUCUCAGCAAUCGAGUUUUCAUUGAAUCCCGCAUCGUACAGGCUUCUCUGCCCUUUGACUGCCAGCCCAAGCAUGAAGAAAUCGGCAAGUUCUUCUUCCACUUCCUCUGCGGAACCAGCAGCAAAGAAACACAAACCAAAUGACGGUCCCCAGAAAACUUCCAAUAGUAAGGCGGAUGGUCCAAGCUCCGAGGAUUAUGUAGCACUGUUCAAGGCAGAUCGCAAAAUGACCGCAAAGUCGAUACUGGAUUUCGACUUUAGCAAGAAACGUGUUCGCAUCCUCUCGGACGCCAAAAGCAUCGAAGACGGCAAACGUGGGGUACUGUACUGGAUGUCGCGUGAUGUACGGGUGCAGGAUAAUUGGGCGUUUCUGUUCGCACAGAAGCUAGCACUGAAGAACGAUUUGCCAUUGCACGUGUGCUUUAAUUUGGUACCGAAAUUUCUGGACGCUACCAUACGUCAUUUUAAGUUCAUGCUGGCGGGUCUGGAAGAGGUGGCGAAUGAGUGCGAAAAGCUUAACAUACAGUUCCACCUUUUACGGGGCAAUGCCGGGGAUAAUGUGCCGGAAUUUGUGCGAAAACACAAAAUAGGUAGCGUGGUGUGCGACUUCAGUCCGUUGCGUGUACCGAUGAAGUGGGUCGACGAGGUGAAACGAUCGCUCCCGGUGGAGGUACCGCUGUGUCAGGUUGAUGCGCACAACAUCGUUCCGGUAUGGGUCACGUCCGAGAAGUUGGAGUAUGCGGCCCGUACGAUUCGCAACAAGGUGAACAACAAUCUGCCAACGUACCUGACUCCGUUCCCGCCAUUAGUUAAGCAUCCGUUUACGGCUCACUUCGAAGCGGACCCGAUCAACUGGACGAAGGUGCUGGAUACGCUUCAGGUAGACCGUUCCGUCGAUGCCGUAGAAUGGGCCAAACCAGGUUACAUCGGAGGUGUGAAAACCCUGCAAAGCUUCGUCGAAAAACGGCUAGGAAAGUUUAACGGUAAAAGGAACGAUCCGACCGAAAACGCUCUCUCGAACCUGUCACCCUGGUUCCACUUCGGACAGAUCUCGGUUCAGCGCGCGAUUUUGACCGUUAAAAAGUACGGCAAACGGUACAGCGAAAGUGUUGCGUCCUUUUGCGAGGAAGCGAUCGUACGUCGCGAACUAUCGGACAACUUUUGCUUUCACAACGAAAACUACGACAAUCUCAAGGGCGCGUACGAAUGGGCCCGUAAAACGCUGGACGACCACCGUAAGGAUAAGCGUGUGUAUUGCUACAGCCGGGAAGAGCUGGAAACGGCCAAAACGCACGAUGACCUGUGGAAUUCGGCCCAACUUCAGAUGGUAAAGGAGGGCAAAAUGCAUGGCUUCUUACGGAUGUACUGGGCGAAAAAGAUACUGGAGUGGACAAAAACACCCGAGGAAGCGCUUGCAACGGCCAUCUAUCUGAACGAUCGGUACAGUCUGGAUGGGCGCGAUCCAAACGGGUACGUCGGUUGCAUGUGGUCGAUUGCGGGAAUUCACGACCAGGGAUGGAAGGAGCGUGAGAUUUUCGGCAAAAUUAGGUACAUGAACUACGAGGGAUGUAAGCGUAAAUUUAACGUUAAUGCGUUCGUUGUCCGCUACGGAGGUAAAGCCCAUCAUCGCAAGUGA